UGUUCCUUCCCUCUGAGCGUGUGCGCAAUUGUUCUUUUUUCUCAUCUCUGUUAUUAGUUUGACUGCACACCAGCCCUCCCCUGCAAGAUGUCGAGGCAGCCUAAAUUGCGACCUAAGUCGCACAUCCCAGGCCUCCCAGACGCCAUCUACAAUCUCGCUGCGGUAUCAUCUUUGUCGCAACUCGAGUCUCGCGCAGGACUAGGAGAUGAGAAGCAUGACCAGCGCGUCUUUCGUGUCAAACGCAAGCAUGUGUUGAAGGCUUGCGAUCGUUGCAGAGUUAAGAAGACCAAGUGUGAUGGGAAACAGCCGUGCAACCGUUGUUCGGCCUACAAUCAUCCCUGUCUGUUCCGGGAACGGAAGGCGACGCAGACCAAAGUAUACUCUCGAGGAUUUGUCGAGAUGCUUGAAUCCCACCAUUCGCUGGUUGUUAAGGCGCUCCAAAGGCUAUACAAACUAUGCAUUGAUAAGGAAGGGUUCCCCGGCGAGCCUCUCGUCGAGCUCUCGGACGGUCAGCCUCUAACUCAUGCUAUCCUGGAUCGUCUCGGAUUGAUCAAACAGGCCGAAGAGAAUCCAGAGGAGCCCGAGGAAGACACUGAAGACCUGCGGUACCUGCGGUUCCUGUCCACCUCAACGGACUGCAGUGCUACGACGGAUCCUUCCCCAGAACCAGCCACUCCUCCGGAUCCUACUCCCAAUAGUUGCAGUCCUAUCACUCCUACCUCCUCCAAGGGACCAGAGCCUUGGAAAUGGGAGUUGCAACCUGUCCAGCCCCUUCACUCGGGACAAUAUCAUAGUUACGGUCAACCUGGAUACCACCAGAUGACGUUGACGCGAACAAACCUGGAGCCACAUGGAUUCUCAAGUGAAGAUAAAUGCCCAGAAGUUGUCCCUUCUAUGGCCGAUCAUGGACAUCCCCUCUAUUACUACAUGGCUGCCGGCUGUAAUGAAGGGCCCCCCAAAAGCCGCCUAGAAGCUGGCGUGGCAGCCAGGCCAGGCUCGCACCAGCCCGCCACCGCAUCGGGAUUUCCUGUGGUCAUGAUGAAUGACUAUAACCUCCAUUUACCGGAGCAUCAGCCCGUUUACCCAGCUCUUCCAUCUGGCUGGACAUAUACAUGUGGAUAGGGGUGGUCACAUAUCAUAGUAUCUCUAUCAAGUGACUGCGGUCCUUUUCAUACUCUAUUCUACCCACUUUCUUUCCACCGGGUCGGCCUUCUGUCGCCGUCCAUCUCUCGUUCGUUGUACUUGCACAUUACACAGGCCGACAGCCAUUCUUGGCCGCCUAUUUUGCU